AUGUCCAUCUCCUUCAACGACCCUGACAUCCUCCCCGCCUACAACGCAGUCAAGGAUGCCACCGCCGACUACGACUGGGCCCUCUUCAACCAGUCAGGCAACGACCUCAGGCUCCAAGCUACCGGCUCCGGCCUCGAAGACCUCGAAGAGGAGUUUAUGGAUGGCCGUAUCCAGUAUGCCUUUGCCCGAGUGAAAGACCCCAGCAGCAAGCUGGACAAGUUUGUCCUCGUUUCCUGGUGUGGUGAGGGUGUGCCCGAGUUCAGGAAGGGGCUGUACUUCACCCACGCAGCCCAGGUGCAGGACAAGUUCCUCAGAGGUGCUCACCUUGUCAUCCAGGCUAGGUCUGAUAUCGAUGUGACUCCGGCAUACAUCACAAAGCGUAUUCAGGAAUCCUCGGGAAGCAAGUACAUCUCGCAUGCGUCCACGCCUACCACCGCGCCCGCUCCGAAAGCCGCGCCGAGCUACAGACCCAGCCAAGGCCUUGGAGGCUCUCAGGGUAAACCUGCAGCAGUCCCUGCCCCCGCGUCUACCUUUGCCCGGCCGACACCUGCGCCUCCGGCAAGAGUUCCUGCUGCCCCGGCCCCUCCUUUCCGACAGCCAUCCCCUCCUCCCGUUAUCAAGCAAGAGGCCAAGCCCACCGCCACAGCAGUCAUGUCGGCGAACACUCCAGCCGAGCCAGAGCCCGCCAAGCCUACCCAGGACGACCGUAUUGCCCCUGUCGGUACCGCCUAUACUCCCAUCAAGCUCCAGCCUGGUAAACUCGCCGACCGAUGGAACCCUGCUGCAUCUCAGCCCGACGAGGAAGAGGCGCCCGUCAAGGGGCCCAGCAUCAAGGACAGGAUGUCUGCGUUUUCGGGCGCAGGUACUGCCGCGCCUUCUGCUCCUCAGCCCAGUGGAAAGAAGCUGACGUGGUCGGAGCGACAAGCCGAGGCAAAGAAGCAGAGAGAGGAAGAGGACAAGGCCAGUGCUGCCGCUGGUGCUGCUGCUACCUCUAGAGGGGGGAUCUCUUCUGCGGUGACGGGCGCCCCAGCUGUUGCUGCGCCUCCUCCGCCCGCAAGAGCUGUGCCCGACUCCGCGGAAAAGAAAGAGGAUGACGAUGACUGGGAUGCGCCCAAGGUUUCUGCACCUGUCCCACCUCCUGCCACAAGGGCUGUGCCCCCCCGGCCUGUAUCUCCCGACUCUGAUGAAGAGAAAGAGGACGAGGAUGAUUGGGACGCGCCUGCUCCCCCUCCUCCUGCGGUGCCUUUCAGGCCUUCACCUGUCGUGGAAGAUGAGCCCAGCGCCCCCAGUGCUCCAGCCCCGCCCCCGCCCCCUCCUCCUCCUCCACCCCCACCCCCAGCACCCGUUGCGGACCCUCAGAUCGAAGAGCUCAGUAGGCUCAAGCAAGAUCUCACCCUUGGAGAGGCCCCUCCAGCUGGACCUCCACCCAUCCCUGUCGACUCGAGGCCCAAGGUCGCUGAGGAGACUGCAGUGGCUGGCAAGACGGCCAAGGUGCUGUACGACUAUGAAGCUGCGGAGGACAACGAGAUUGAUCUUCGCGAAGACGAAAUCAUUACUCAGAUUGAAGAGCUUGAUGAGGGAUGGUGGUCUGGAGUGAACCCCGCGGGUAAAGCAGGUCUAUUCCCUGCCAACUAUUGCGAGCUUGUCGAACCUACAGAGGCACCUGCUGUCGAAUCUUCCGCGCCUGCUGUCGAAUCGAGAGAAGCACCUGCUGUAGAGACUACCGAGUCAUUUGCGGCUCCCCCUCCCCCUCCCCCUCCUCCUCCUCCUCCCCCACCCCCUCCCCCACCUGCUGCUGCUGCCCCAGCUGCACAGAAAGAGUACAUGGUCGCGGCUUACGACUACGAAGCCGGUGAAGACAAUGAAAUCUCAUUCGCCGAAGGCGACCAUAUCACCGACAUUAACAAGAUCGACCCUGACUGGUGGCAGGGGACAUGUAAUGGCAAGGAAGGAUUGUUCCCUGCCGCGUAUGUGGUCGGACCGGAUGAAUACCCUUUGCAGGAUUAG